AUGCCUUUAAACAGUAAAACGAACAAAAAAGAUGCUGAGAAAAAGUGUUCUAGCUGGUGGAGUUGUUUACAUGCGGCCAUAGAUGAUACAUUUUGGGAGUAUACCAGACGUACGAGAGUAAGUGGUAUCUGGUUACUGCGGAGACAUCGUACAGAGGGUAUAUCGAGAUGGUGCUGGUCUUCAGUGAUGAUUAUUUUAUUCCUAUGUGGAGUUUAUUUAUCCCUGGCACUGUGGUUGAAGUUCUAUUCUUAUCCUAUAUUGAAUACUAUAUCAAAUGAUUUACCCAUUACCGAUGUGGCCUUUCCGGGGGUGACUAUUUGUUCACCCAAAGUGGUGAAUAUGGAGCGUGUUAGGCGUUAUAUACGAACACUAGAUAUACCCGACAAAUAUAAUAUCGAGGAAGUGGCCGCUGGUUUUGAAUAUCUCAAUGCCUUCACCGAUCAGGGCUGGACGGCGCCCAAUAACAAUAAUACUGCCUAUGAAACUACCGAUGCUGUUUUGCGCCUCAAUAAUGUUACUCUCUAUGAGGCCGCCAUGCAGGUCUGUGCCAGUUGUGAUGAUUUUGUUAAGCGCUGCUUUUGGGGCGGUCAUGAAUUCCCCUGUCGUCAAAAUCAUGAAUAUUUAUCUUUUAUACCCACCACUUCUUAUCUGGGACCAUGUUGUUCGUUCAACUAUAAUCCUCGUAAUCAGUCCUAUGUACCCUUUUCCUCUAAUAUUUUCGGGGUCGAUGGUGGUCUUAUGUUCAUUGGAGUCGAGGGUUCGGAACGUAAUCUUUCUACGGGUUUAAUCGUGUUGGUCCAUCAUCCCAUGGAUUUUGUUACCGAGUCCACCACCUCAGUUACCAUUACCUCAAAUUCGGAAAGUUUUGUUGAGAUUUCUCCCACCGUGCAAAGCUCCUCGAAGGAGGUCUUAGAGUUAUCCGAACGUAAGCGUGAUUGUUUAAUUUCAGACGAUGUAGCUUUAAGUAGUUAUCGUCAGGCCUCCUGUCUGGUGGCCUGUCAAAGUCAACUCAUUAUGCAGAAAUGUAAAUGUCAACCUUAUCAUUUGCCCAAUGGCAAGGCAGAGUAUGAGUGUAAACUUAACGAUUCCAUGUGUUAUUCGGAUGAGUAUGACACUUUUAAAAGCGCCAAAUGUGAUCAAUGUCUGCCCAAUUGUUAUGAUGUUACUUAUUCGACUUUGGCCUAUAAAACGGAUCUGUUGCUGCAUAAUUAUUCUAUUAGUUCUUUGUAUUCCUAUACAAACUUUACUAAGGACUCAUUUAUUGUCCGGGUUUAUUUGGCCAAACAAGUAGUACCCGCCAUUCAUAAGGUCACCGUCAUGUCUUGGAUUGGUUUGUUGUCUGACUUAGGUGGCGUUUUCAAUCUUUGUCUGGGCCUCAGCAUGGUUUCGGUGGUGGAAUUUUUCUACUAUUGUACUUAUCGUUUGGCCGUAAACUUUAAAAUGCGCAAAGUUUUAAUGCAAUAAAAGGAUC